CCUCUCUCCUCCCGCGUCUCCCUCUCUCGCUUAAGAGUCAAGCUCCUUCUUUUCUCUCUCGGCAGCGCCCGACGACACAGGCCCAACUCCACUACACCACCCAGCCAAGACCGACGGCUCCCACUUCCACUUCACUUGUUCACAAUACAUCAGUUCAGUUCCAUCUAGACAUCAUCUACCAGCCAUGUCCUAUAUUAUUCGCAGAUUUACUCGGUUUGGAGUAAGUAGGGUCCAAAAGUUCAAUUAUAACUAUAGUACAAUGGUUCAAGCUCACAUGCCUACCCAAAGGACUGCAAAUUCUCAGGCAUUGGUGGAGGAUCAACGCAACAUCCAACCUCGAGGUCAGCGUCUAGAUGAAGAUGACAGAGAUGCUGAAAAGCAGCGAAUCUCGAGGAAUAUUUCAAAAAGGGAGAAGGGUGAAUUUCUUGUAAAGACACUACUUGAUCUCAAAGACAGACUGGAUAAUAAGGAAUCUGUUUAUGGUGCUCUUGAUGCCUGGGUUGCUUGGGAGGAAAGCUUUCCGAUAGCAUCACUGAAAAAUGUGAUAAUUGCUCUAGAGAAGGAAGAAGAAUGGCAUAAAGUUGUCCAGGUUAUUAAGUGGAUGCUAAGCAAGGGGCAGGGAACCACAAUGGGUACAUAUGCACAGUUGAUAAAUGCUCUAGAUAUGGACAACAGAGUAGAUGAAGCACAUGCAUUUUGGCAGAAGAAAAUCGGCAUAGAUUUGCAUUCAGUUUCUUGGCAGUUGUGCAGACGUAUGAUAGCUAUAUACUAUCGAAACAACAUGAUGGAGAACUUGGUAAAGCUUUUUGAGGGGUUGGAGGCUUAUGAUCGUAAACCUCCUGAGAAAUCAAUAGUGCUGAGAGUGGCAAAUGCAUAUGAGCUUUUAGGCAGGGUUGCAGAUAAAGAAAGAGUUUUGGAGAAGUACAAGCAUCUUUUCAUUGAAGAUAGAUCGCCCAAGAAAUCAAGAAAGGCUUCUUCUAAGAUGAAAAAGUAACCAUAUAGAACUCUUCUUCUGUUGCUUAAUUGAUCUUUAGUAAACCUGUGAUAGGUGAAGUGUUGCCGAUUGUAAAUUUUAUGACUGAUGGAAAGAAAGUAAACAUACUGUAUUUUGUUGACAAUGAUUAAUUUAUUGGAACUAGGGCCUCUUAGACUUUUCAUUGUUGAUUUUCAUUUAAAGAAAUAAUCUAUAGCAGAGUUCUGGUGAGCCUGCAAUGCAUUUCAUC